UCCGUUGCCCUAAUCGACUCCUCUAGAGAAGGCGAAGGAGAGAGAAAAUUCCUCCGAUAAGGUUCCGUACAAUCCGAUCGACUUACCAGCGCCGUAUCUCGCCGCGACUCGGUUGAAUCGUCUGCUCUCUGAUUUGGAUCUUCUCUUUGAACCGCUUUGACUCAGUUACGUUCUGUAGAUUCAAACAAUGGAUCCAAUGGAUAUAGUCGGGAAAUCUAAGGAAGACGCUUCACUUCCAAAAGCUACGAUGACUAAAAUCAUAAAGGAGAUGUUACCACCAGAUGUACGUGUUGCUAGAGAUGCUCAAGAUCUUCUCAUAGAAUGUUGUGUAGAGUUUAUAAAUCUUGUAUCUUCAGAAUCUAAUGAUGUUUGUAACAAAGAGGACAAACGGACGAUUGCCCCUGAGCAUGUUCUCAAGGCACUACAGGUUCUUGGUUUUGGAGAAUACAUUGAGGAAGUUUACGCCGCCUAUGAGCAACAUAAGUAUGAAACCAUGGACACACAGAGAAGUGUGAAAUGGAACAGUGGAGCUCAAAUGACAGAGGAGGAAGCAGCGGCUGAGCAACAACGUAUGUUUGCAGAAGCACGUGCAAGAAUGAAUGGAGGUGUUCCGGUUCCUCAACCUGAACAACAUCCAGAAACCAACCAGAGAAGUCCACAAAGCUAAUUGAAACCAUCCUUUGAAUCCGAUUAGGCAAAAAAGAAAGAAAAAAAAAAAGCAUCCUGUUAACAUUCCCUUGUAAGUGCAAAUGCGUAUGUCCUCUGUUUAUAUGCUCUUUAGUAUAUUAUAUGUUAGCGUUUCAUGAUCUAAAAAACAAACCCUUGUGAUUCAGAUGUAAUUAGUAAAACAAUCCUUGUUUUGUGUUA